CACUACACUGCAGCCUCCAGCUUCCAGCCGUAGCUGAAGAAUGCACUCCGCGUCGGCAAACUCAAGUGCAGUGAUGGUGCAGUGAUGUAGCGACUCGCUCUUUCGCGAGGGAGGGAUGAAGGGCAAAGAAAGAGUCCGCAUGCCGCAGACCGCAGGCGACCCGGAUCAGACUGACUGGACCGAUAGCCAGCCAGCCAGCUACACAACCUCCACAACCUACCUACGCACAUAUUUAUGUACAGACCGCACGCGCCUUGCAAGUUGCAGGGGCGCUGUGGGGACCUGGGGAGAGGCUGCGCUCACUGCACACCCUCCUUCUCUUCCCUUCCCAACGCCGACGAAUGCCGGCGCCGGCCCCGGCGCUGGCGAUGUUCCCACUGUUCCCACCCAAAUCCCACCCAGUGCUGCGGGUUGCUGGCGUGUUUCUGUGUGUCUCUGUGUGUGUGUGUGUGUGUGUGUGUGUGUGUGUGUGUGACACAGAGACACACUGACAACCUCGUGUCGAAGUGGGAGUGCAGGGGUCUUGCGAUGGUGAUGGUGAUGAAGUAUCUACACAGGCAGAGUACUUACUUGCUCUACUUUCUUAGCCACGGUACCGACCUCAUAGUUAUGGCACUCAUGGCCGCGAGCGGGCAGGCGAGAGCGCGCUGCCGCUUCCACUUCCACUUCCUUCACCUCUCCUUCCCAAACAAGCAAAUGCCUAGAAAGAAAGAAAGAAAGAAAGAAAGAAAGAAAGAAAGAGAAAGAAAAAGGAACAAUUACCGACGUAAGUCGUACUCUACAGUGUAUCUAGAGUACCCAUUCUCCAUUCAGUCGCUUCUUUCCUAGCUCCCCAUCCCCCUCCCCCAGUGCCCCCAGUCCCGAGACCACAGACUGGCCGAGCGGUGGGGGGAUCCCAUGCCAUCGUUCCUUGCUUGCCCGCUGGAGCCUGGGAUUCCGUCGGUGGAUGGUCGGGAAACGAUGCUCUCUCUCUCUCUCUCUCGGAGAGUGAGUGAGUGUAUAGUAGAGUAAACGCGAGAAAGAACAAGAGAGUUAGAGGACUGGGGAGGAGGAGGCGGAAGUGAGGAAGUGAGAAGGGAGGAAAAUCCAACAGCUCAAUUUGCGCGGCCAUGGACCUGGCGGGGGGGAGGGAGGGUGGG